UUGGAACCGGACCGCGGGGAAGACGGGCGGCACCAGUACUGUGAUCCCGCGGGAGAAAGAUGAACGGGACGCGGAGCUGGUGUACCCUGGUGGACGUGGACCCGGAGGGUCAGACCUCGGGCAGCGUGGACAUUCUCAGGCUGACUCUCCACAGUGAACUGACAGGAGAUGAACUUGAACACAUAGCCCAGAAGGCGGGCAGGAAGACCUAUGCCAUGCUGUCUGGCCACUCGGCUGGCCAUUCUCUGGCCUCAGAACUGGUGGAGUCCCAUGAUGGUCAUGAGGAGAUCAUUAAGGUGUACUUGAAAGGGAGGUCUGGAGACAGAAUGACCCACGAGAAGAACAUUAACCAGCUGAAGAGUGAGGUCCAGUACAUCCAGGAGGCCAGGAACUGUCUGCAGAAGCUCCGGGAGGAUAUAAGUAGCAAGCUUGACAGGGAUCCAGGAGAUUCUCUCCAUCAACAGGAGAUACAGGUGGUGCUAGAAAAGCCAAAUGACUUUAGCCAGAGUUCUCCAACCUUGUACAGCAGCCCACCUGAGGUGGAUGCCUAUGUAAAUGAGGAUGUCGAGAGCCUGAGGAACACUGUGCAAGACUUGCUUGCCAAGCUGCAGGAGGCUGAGCGGCAACACCAGUCAGACCGUGUGGCUUUUGAGGUCACACUCAGCCGGUACCAGAGAGAAGCAGAAGAGAGUAAUGUGGCCCUUCAGAGAGAGGUGGACAGAGUGGAGCGGAAAGAGGCAGAAGUUGGGGAGCUGCAGAGACGUCUGUUGGGGAUGGAGACGGAACAUCAGGCUUUACUGGUGAAAGUCAGGGAAGGGGAGAUGGCCCUGGAGGAACUUCGGAGCAAGAAUGCUGACUGCCAAGCAGAACGAGAGAAGGCUGCUACCCUGGAAAAGGAAGUGGCUGGCUUGCGGGAGAAGAUCCAUCACUUGGAUGACAUGCUCAAGAGCCAGCAGCGGAAAGUCCGGCAGAUGAUCGAACAGCUCCAGAAUUCAAAAGCCGUGAUCCAGUCGAAGGACACCACCAUCCAGGAGCUCAAAGAGAAAAUCGCCUAUCUGGAGGCAGAGAAUUUAGAGAUGCAUGACCGGAUGGAACACCUGAUCGAAAAACAAAUCAGUCAUGGCAACUUCAGCACCCAGGCCCGGGCCAAGACAGAGAACCCUGGCAGUAUUAGGAUAUCCAAGCCCCCUAGCCCGAAGCCCAUGCCUGUCAUCCGAGUGGUGGAAACCUGAACUGCCUGCAGAUGGCUGCUGUGUUGGUGCUGCUUCCUGCCUGCGGAGAAGCCCACCGCCCUGUUGGCUGUUAGCACUGACUUUAACUUCUGGACUGUUCCCUGGCUGCACUCAGGGCUCGGGCUCCUGUGGCCCAUUCCCAAGCUCCUGUGCUCUGUAUGCUGGGCAGACAGAGCAAGAGCGCCUCCUCUGGACGCUGCAGCCCUUUGGAAGCCCUGGUCUUGCCGGCAGGAGCCAGGGCAGCAUCCUUGUUCCUGUAGUUACUGUUCUUUGUAGAGAACCUUCUGUUGUAGACUGGAGUCCAGCUGCCCCAGAAACCAGGCCUUCGUCUGGUUGGGAGAGGUGACAAGAUUUGCCUCAGCCCCGAAAGCUAGAGGCACCGAUGUCCAGAGUGAUCGGAGAAUAUCUUGAGGAAGUGAAGUUCCUUCUACAAACACAGCUUGGUUCUUAGCAACAAACUGUUUUUCUAUUUGCUCCACCCUCAGCCUGUGUUGCCCUGGCCUCCUGUAGACAGACAGUGGGGAUAGCUGGAAAGGCCUGGUCAGAGUCAGUGAACCCACCCAAACUUUGGCUGGAUGGUCUUGACUUUCUG